ACUUUUUCACAUUAUUUCAUCAUUCGAAUCUUCUUCCUGCUUAGCACUUGUUAACUAAUACUUAAAAUGACAACGAAAUACCCUUCGGUUAGCAUCUUUCCCCUGUUGAUCGCAGCUGUUUGGCUGGCCUCAGCAAUUGCAACCUCCACCGGCAGAGAGCCGAAACAGUUGUUGUUUCCUACUCCUUUUUACCGCGUUCAACCCGUGAUGGAAUCUCGUUUUGGACCUGGUCCCCGUAACUCGCCAAUUUAUCCUAUGAUUGGACAACAAAGUUUUGGGCCUUUUUUGGGUGAUUUCCCGAAUCAGCUGUUUCGUCAGUCGUGCCCGGGUUGCGCAACGCCUCCAGCUGAAACUAUUACGACAUGCGGUGAAGUAACAGAUGCAAGGAUAUCAGCAGCUCCCAGUGGAACCAUUUUCGUUAACAUCCAUCAGGUUGACAAAGCCGGACAAAAAACCUUCAAUUGUCACUACGGUUUCGUCGCUUAUCACCCGAACAGCAAAGUCCAGCUGAAAUGCACUUCGUUGGGAAGCGGCACCACGUUAGGCGUUUAUAACAUUGUAUCGCCAGUUGCAGAGGGUGCGGUCGACACAGUUUACACUUCAAAGGGGAGCUUCUUAUUAGUGGCUUUGAAGGCUAAAGUAAAGCUCCAAGCCGAAUGUACUUGGGAAACCGUCCUGGGGUAACCUGAAGAUGGUGAGAAAGGACUGGCACAUGCAUAGUCCAAGUUUACGUAACUUUGAUUUAUCAAGCUGAACUCUUCAAAACAGUUCAUGUGUCAUUAUCGUUGAAUAUUUUAGCUAUUUAUUUUUUAUGUA